AUGGAGCUUCACAUAUCUGCGCCUGGAAAGGUCAUCCUUUUUGGCGAGCAUGCUGUCGUCUAUGGACACCCAGCCAUUGCAGCCUCCAUCGACUUGCGAGUUCGAUUAAGCGUCUCUGCAGAUCUCAGUGACGACGGCAACACAAUGUAUCGCGUGGACCUACCCGAUUUGAAUUCACCUCCUGUUUGUUUGUCCACGGACUGCAUACGCGAUGUGCGCUCCUCCCUAGUUACGAAUUUCAACAAGCCCCAGGAGAAAGUUCGUGAGAUUAUGACAAGGCGAGGCCUAAUUUCACCUGAUCAACGCGUUCUAGACAGUCUGGCUGUGAUCCUUUUGGCCGACGCCCUCGUGCACACUGAAUAUUGCCAUAACUCUUGUCCGGCCAAACAUCAGGGUCGCCCGCUGAAUAUUCGCGUUACGUCAGACCUUCCGAUUGGCUCAGGACUUGGUUCUUCAGCUGCCUUCUGCACAGUCGUCUGCGCCUGUUUGCUGCAUAUUCACGGUCAGGAUUACUCGGCAGAUUUGCCCCGACUUGAGCGCAUCAGCCAUGAGACCGAGAAACUGAUGCACGCUUUGCCCUCGGGAGUCGAUACUGCCAUCAGCGCCAGAGGAGGCAUGAUCCGCUUUCAACGAAUAAACUCCUCACCAUGCUGUGAUACGCUGCCGGCAAAGUCCCAGCCCCUCCUUCUUAUCGACACUCGAAUUUCACGCUCAACAGCGGCUGUUGUUCGUGACGUCGCCGCCUUUCGUUCCACAAACCCACAGCGACACGCCCACUUGAUGGAAGAAAUUGCGAGCGUCUGUAUCCGAGCCACAGAUUACCUCCGCGACGGCAGCCUACUUUGCAGCGAAUUCGACCGACUAGUUGCCCGAAACCAGGAUCUUUUGGAGCAGCUAGGUGUGUCGCACCCUGUUAUCGACAAGAUUGUGCGCCGACUUGCAGAAUUUGGCGUCAGCGCGAAGCUGACCGGAGCAGGGAGAGGUGGGUGUGUUAUCGCGUUUUUGGACAGAAAGCGUCACUCUCUGACAUACUCAGAUGUUUCUGCUCUUCUAAAAACCCUUGGUGUAGACGUAUUUAUGACAACGUUUUGUGUUCCGGGAGUUCAGACAGAAGUAAACCGUUCAGAAGCCGUUUCUCUGGAUUUGUUUUCACCGCACAAGGGGGCCGGUCUUAUGGGGUCUCUGCAACAAGGACUUUAUAACUAG